ACAACCAUUCACUGGUUCAUAGAAAACAAAAAGCUUAACAAUUGUCUUAAAUGGAAUGAUUUUAAACUUCUCAGCUGCUUCAUAUGAAUUUUUGCAUUAUGGGCAUGGGUGUGGCAGACCUUUGGGUGAUCACUGUCCAGAACAACUUCUUGCCUGUCCACCGCUCUGUCAGAGAGAACAGGAUAAGAGCUAAGCAAACCCAUCUCAGACCUAAGGCUACUCCUCACCUACUAGUGUCCCAUUGCAGGAAAAUGGUAUGGAUGAAAUACGACUCAAGGGGAAGUAAGAGACCAACAUCUUGAGGAGAGCUGUCUCCAUAACAAUCACGAUCAAAAUCAAGCUGUGGCACUCAACAGGUGUGUUUCAUGCAGACCGAACACACAUUUAAUUCUGUGAAAGCUAACAGCGGGUGCUAUUAUUCCACAUAAUCAGACUCUUCAUAUUUGUUAACAUGACUGGAAACCUCCUCGGUCUUAACGAUUUUCUCCUUUUCAAGUUAUAGCCAAUUCUUCCAGGUCCCUGUGUUCCAGUUUAGGCAGCAGGGUAAAACAACGCUGUAGUUACUGUAACAUGAAGCACCUAUCAUUGUCAUCAUGUCAGGCAUUUCCCAUUCUUUUGUGAAACAUUGCUGAUUCAGUUUCCCAUUUUAAAUACAGUACGGACAAUAAUCUUGUUUGAGCUAAAGUAAGCUUGAAGGUGAAAGGACAACUUUGCCAUACAGUACAUUGUCACCUUAUUAAUUCAUUCUGUUAGGUAAGCAGCAGGCCUUAAUAGCAAUAAACCAAUCUGCUACAGCUUAUCACCUGAAAGCUCAUAAAUGAACACUAUUCCUGUAAAGUUUGCUUGGAAAUUCCACCACUUCCUCCACUGUUGACCCAUAUUGUUUGAUUGAUGUUGUUAUUCAAUCACUUUGUUGGGAAGAAACAUUUAUUAUCUUCCUGUUACAUAGCUUACAGCUGACACAGGGUUUAAAGUCCACAGAGUUUAUUGUUUGAAGGUGGUAGCUCAGCAUGGAUGCAUGCAUAUAUAAAGAAGACAGAGCCUCCUGUCAUCACUGCUCUGAACUGAUACCUGAAGACCACUUCACCUUUACUCACUGCUGCUUCGCUCUAUCUUUGAGCAUCCAUCUCCCACCAGAAAACAAUCAGCUUUCACCAUGAAGACUUUACUGAUCUUUUCUGUUAUCCUCUGUGCUGCUCUGUCCAUCAGGGGUGCAGUAGUUGGUCCAACUGAGGCUGCGGCAGUAGAUCAGGAAGACAAAUCUGAACCAAAACAAGCUCGUUUACAAUUUUGUCUUGAUGGAUGGCUUAGUUACCGGGGUUCCUGCUACUACAUAGAAAACUACCCUGAUACCUGGAGAAACGCUGAGAGCUUCUGUGCUGGCUUUGGUGGCACUUUAGCCUCAGUCCACAACAUCUGGGAGUAUCAGUUCCUGCAACGUAUGGUCAAGACUGCUGGUCAUGCUUUUGCCUGGAUUGGAGGUUACUACUUUGAGGGGGAAUGGAGAUGGGGAGAUGGCUCAAUGUUCAACUAUCACAACUGGGACUCAUUUAGCUCAGCUGACCAAUACCAGUGCCUACAGCUCAACUCACAAGUGUCCAAGGGUUGGUCCAAUCAUGGCUGCAGCAUGCCCUUCCCUUUCAUCUGCCAGGUGAAGCCAAACUGCUAGACAACAUAUGAUAGACCAAAAUCCUGCAUAUGUAACACAAGUCUCAGCACAAAUGAAUCCACAUCUGUAUACUAUAAGGUGCUUUGCUGUAGUUUUCUUUGCUUUUCUUUCUUGUCUUUAGCUGUUUGAAAUGUAAGGCAGUUGAAGACGUUGUGUAUUUAUUGUAUUUAUUUGUGCCGUACAAAACAAUUAAAGUUUUUGAUUUGAUCUUUAUAACAAUCAUUAA